AUUCACGUGACCGGAAACUCGGACUUUUGCGGAAGCUGUGCAAAUAUUUGCUAAAAUCUCAAAACAUUUCCCGGGAAAACGAAGUAAAACAAACUAACCAAGCGAGGGAAAGACGAGUAACCUUUCUUAAGUAGGUUAGCUUGCUACUUUUGGUUGUCUUUGAUCGCGUGUAGUGAUUCGCCUAUGAUGGUAUGCAGUCUGAAGCAAAGGAACCAGAGGAGGAUAGUUUAUGGGAGGAACCUCCUUCAGUGCUGUGGGGACUGGACCCAAUGUUCAACGCUUUCAACAGGCUCUAUGUCAAAGACAUCCUACAGAUGAGAGAGUCCUGUCAAGUGUCAGGGAUAUACUUCUACAACUCUCACCCGAUAUUUAAAGUUGAUGUGCUCGGGACUGUGGUGUACAAGCGAGAGCGAGAAGACUUCUUCUGUUACGGAGUUGAUGAUGGUACUGGUGUUAUAAACAGCCUUUGCUGGAAAGAUGAACAGUGGAGGGAUCAAGGUGACCCUGCWACAUGUAACAGCGCWCGUGGAGACUUCAACCCAGCCAACGAGCUGAAGAAACUACGGCAAGCCCAACACAGCAGCUCCCACCUGGAGAUAGGAGAACUGCUCAGGGUGCGAGGGCCCGUCAAGACCUCCAGGCAACAGCGAGAGAUAAUGGCCUCUACAUACUAUAAAGUGUCAGACCCGGUGAUGGCGGUCCAGAUAUCCUGGAUGAUGGAGGUUCCUCAGCUCUACAGACAGUGCUAUGAUAACCCAUUCCAUCUGGACAGCAGUGCACAGAACCCUAACAUUCAAGGUGGUUCUGCUUCCUACCUGCUUGGCAGAGCCACUCGUAUCCUGAAGGACUUCCUGAAAGAGAAAGAAGUCACCAGYUUCAGACCCUAUGAUGUCCAGGACCUUUUACAGCCUCUGGUCUCCAGACAACCUCAGAAGACAGCAUCAGAACAGGAGCCUGAGGCUGGUCCAUCAUCGGGUCCACCAACAUCUUUCAAACAGCUCAGGGAGCUACUCCAGAAGAGCCUUCAGAUCCUGCAGGACGAAGGCCUGGUGUUCCGCAAGGUCAAAUCUCAGGAUGAAGUCUACCAUGUAACGGAACGGGACAAGGAUCUUCUCAUGGCAAUCAGAGACAUUCUUCGGGAAGAUUGCAGACGAGAGAAAUAUGCGGAAAAGGGUUGCCACAUCCUGCACGUCCUGUCCAGUGUGAGACAGAGGUACAGUCGCAACGUGAGCAAGGCAGCCUUGGAGCUGGUCCUCAAAGCUCUGGAGUGUAAUAGUGACAUCAUCAGCACCAGCGACAGUCAUUACACUAUCCUCUGACGCUGACUUAGACAUUCUGGGACAUUCCACAAACUGUCUGAAAUGGAGGGAAACGGGGAGGUACCAUCCGACCUUGUCCAAUAAGAAACGCAUGUUUUUGUUUUCUGUUGGAAAAAUAUAUAUAACGUGUGCCCUAAUAAAUAUGACCCUUAAUAAAUUGGAUUAUUACUUAA